AUGCCUGUGACCGAAGUUGCGACUCUUCCCCUCGUCACUGGGUCCAAUGUCUUUGAGCAGGGUAGUGAAGCAGCCCGUAUCUGGCAAGAUAUGCUCACUACUAUCUCACAGCAAGAUGGCUGCCAGAACGUCCACUCUGGACUGCAACAUGAAAGCCCAAACACGGCGCAACUGAUCAUAGGUAAGCCACAUGAGUCGUUAAGGAUAAAGCAGACCGUUGACAAAUGUAGUNNUUGGAAUACGAUCGAGCAUCAUCAAAGAUUCCAAAACCUAUCGAUCUACCAGCAGAUGCUCAAGAGCCUGGAGCCAAUUCUCGAGGGAUCUCCACAGCUCGUUCACUUCGAGCUCAAGAGUCCAAGCGACCUUGCCUCCGCGGUGUCUGCUCCUGUAACCGAGCUGGCAACCCUUUUCCUCCUGGAACAAAAGUCAUCAUUCGAUGAUAGCAUGGGCUCGUUCGCAAAUAUCCUUGAUGAGCACGCAGAGGGAUUUUUAGGAUGUACAUUCUCCUGGAUCAUGGAACCCGCAAGGCACGAGAGCUUUGGUCCAGGUGUCAAGGGAAGAGCUUGCCUUCUAGCCAUUGGUUGGUCAUCAAUAUCUGCUCACAUGGCAUUUAAAGAGACCGCUGCUUUCCAGAAGGGACUUGAGUAUUUCGACAAUGCCCUCGGCAGCGAAAUACAUCACACGAUGUUCAUCGCCGCCUAG